UUUCCCAUCAGUACUGUUUCGUACAUCGUAUCGUUAGCACUCGCUCUACACAUCUCUAUCAAAAUGUCUGGCCGUGGCAAAGGAGGAAAAGUUAAGGGAAAGGCAAAGUCCCGCUCGAAUCGCGCCGGAUUGCAAUUCCCAGUCGGUCGUAUUCAUCGGCUGCUCAGGAAGGGUAAUUAUGCAGAGCGUGUUGGUGCCGGUGCUCCAGUCUACUUGGCUGCCGUGAUGGAAUAUCUGGCUGCUGAAGUGCUUGAGUUGGCAGGAAACGCUGCCCGUGAUAACAAGAAGACCCGUAUCAUCCCACGUCAUCUGCAGUUGGCCAUCCGCAACGAUGAGGAAUUGAACAAGCUUCUGUCUGGAGUGACCAUCGCACAGGGUGGUGUAUUGCCAAACAUUCAGGCCGUUUUGUUGCCCAAGAAAACCGAAAAGAAGGCUUAAAUUAUCUGUCUUCAUCAUCCUAACACAAAACCGUCCUUUUCAGGACGACCAUUAGAUAUUCAUAACGAGUUAUUUUAGAAACAUUUCUGCAAAAAUUUUGUACCUACAUAUUAAUAUAAUUGUAAAAUGUCCAGUGAAUAAUUUGUGAGCUUCAACACAAAAAAAAAAUGAAAUACGGUUAGUAUCAUGCAAUGUUCACAUCGAAAGAAUUACUGUUUCGGUUGUAGUGAUGACUAUUGGAAAUUAGAAUAUACAUGUAGAAAGAAAUGUAUUUCAAGAAUGAUUUUUCUCUAGAAGUAGCGUGUGUUAUCAGAAGAUAAUUAAUUUCUAGCAAUUUUAAAUUGUUAAAACGAGAUUAAUUCAGGUACAUAUUUUUAAAAUGACCACUCCUAGAAAUCAUCUUAAAAAUAAGAUCUCUGAUACAUGAGGCAAAUUAGAUAACAAAUUCAUAAGAAGGUGUAAUUUAAAAAAAAUGUCUUCUAUAAGUCACUUACAUACAGAUAUUCUUAAUUUCACGAUACAUAUACAUGAUUUUGUCUAGAAUGAUAAAGAUAUUCACAAAAAUAAGUUCUUCCAUUUUGAAGAACGAUUUCUCGAGAAAAGACUAUGACACCAAGUAACGGAUAGUUCAUAUCGCCGUUAGGCAUCAUACUGUUGUUAUACUAUACUAGGGAAUUGGAGAAUGAAAAACAAAAAAGAAGACAUUAUUUGACUAGAUUUCAUGGAAAUCAUUAAAAAAUGCAAUUUCGAGAGAUAGGUAGGUACAUAAACAUUUCGAAACUGAAUAAUAAAAAUGAAAAAUCACCUUUCCCAGUUGUUACCGAGUAAAAAAAACGAGGUAGGGUGCCUGUACUAGUUAUCGCACUACCUAAGGAAAACUACUUCUACAAAAAUAAGAAGAAGGCCGACGAAUGUCGGCGAUAUAUCAAAUGAUAGAUUUGAUUUCGUACUUUACAGGAAAAAUUUAUUUCUAUCAUAAUUUGAGCAAAAUGUGAAAUUUGAAUGAGUGCAAUCAUCUUUUAGGGGAAGACGGGGUAAGACCGCCACCCUAAGCAAAAAAAAUCAUACCUUAAAACUGACAAUAAAUUACACAAGUUUUAACACAGCACAUCAUUUUUCAAAGUAUUAGGCUUGCAAGAAAAAUAUAUUUCAAUUCGUGAUGAUGAUUUUUUUAUAAUUUUGAGCCUUUUGAAAAUGUGAUUAAAAAGCACUUCAAUUUUUGACGACGGGGUAAGACGGCCCACCAGAGGGGUAAGAAGGACCAUCACGAUUUUUUUUAAAUAAUAGUGAUAAAAAAUGAUUGAAUUCCAUACGUAAAAGUAAGAUAUGGCUCCCUUAAAUCCUUCACAUGAAAAAUUGGUUAACAUAGAGGUCCAAGGGUUACCAUUUAUUAUUUUUAUUGGGUAACUAUAAAUAUGGAUACUCAAACACCCAUUAUUAUCACAAAAAUAGUGUUUCUGGUUAUGUGCAGCACAAACACUGCAAGCAUGAGUAUAUUUAUGUGAAAUGUCAUAUUUUAACUAACAAUUUUCAUUGAAUUGGGUUGCAGCUAUAUUGUUCUAUGAACUGGGGGGUGGCCGUCUUACCCCUUGCGAGGUGGUCGCUUUUACCCCGCUUGCGCAGAUUUUACUGAUGAGGCUAGUUCCUAACUAUUUUUUUUUCUAAUCUCAAUUCCGCUCCUCGUAUGCUUUGUUAACAUUCCUGGUAAGUUACGAACGGGUUAUUUUUUUGGUUUAAAAACGUUUUUCCGAAUCAAAAUCCUUAAGGCCAUAUGCUACAAAUUUAGAUCGAAUACAUCAUCAUGAAGCAAAAUCUUUGUUUUGCUU